AUGCGACUAUACCGAGUCCACGGCGCCAUUCUCAUUCCGACCACCACGCUGGGGGAGGGGGACACACCGAGUCUGUAUACACUGCAGAGAAGGGCUGCAUCUGUAGCAUCGAACUCUUGUGGCAGUUCUACCUUGCGUCUGCGUGGGACACCGAAGCAGUCUGCAGUACCACUGCUGAGGUAUACUCAGAGGUCCUGUUUGCAUCAUCGUCUACCCCACCCCGUCUUCAGGCCAACCGGAGAGAUUGUCUUCAGGACUUUUAGGCAUCUUAAAGGUAAAGUUCUCAGACUUUGUGUUUACUGUGGAAGAAGCCCCAAGAUGGCCAAGAAAGCCUUGAGUUCUGGAACCAAGGCCCGUGAUUUGGUGACAUUCUCUGAUGUGGCUAUAGAGUUCUCUCAGGAAGAGUGGGCCUGUCUGAACUCUGUGCAGAGGGACCUGUACUGGGAUGUGAUGCUGGAGAACUACAGUAACCUGCUCUCCCUAGAACUGGGAUCUGAAGAUAUACCUCCACUGACAUGCCCAAGGCUCAGGGUUCCAUCCCCAGAACCAGAAGAGUAAUUCUGACCGGAACUCAUGCAUGCUGGCAGCCAUCUUGCUCCACUUACCUUGAGGAUAGGAAGUUAUCCAAAGGGACAAACAUUUUAGCUAUUAGAAGAAGCAUUUACGGACUGAGCUCUUACAAAAGGAAUCCAAGUGACAAAAGCAUAUCUCCUCACCCUGCCGGGAUUGGUGAAAGUGGGUGUGAACAACCUCGGGGCUCUGGAGAGGAAAAUGUCAAUAAUGUAACAGACAGGGCUAGAAAAGCAACCACUGAGAGAGAAAGCACACCUACACCUUGUGUGAGACCUCAAAGGGAGAGCUCCUUCUUACGUCAGGAAUGUGGGAAAGCCUUUAGUCGCAGGUAUCAUCUUAGACAGCAUCAGAAAAUUCACACUGGCAAGAAGCCCUACGAGUGUAAAGACUGCAAGAAAGCCUUCCGAUGGUGGAAUCAGCUUCCUCAACGCCAGAAAAUUCACACUGGAGAGAAGCCUUAAGAAUGUAACAACUGUGGAAAAGCCUUUUGCUGGGGUUCGAGCCUUGUUCAUAGGAGAAUUCACACUGGUUAAAAAAAAAAAAAACCUUCUUAUGUAAAGACUGUGGGAAAACCUUUAGAUGUGGCUAUGAACUCACUCGGCAUCAAGGGUUUCACACUGGGGAGAAAGACUGUGAGUGUAAAGACUGUGGGAAGACUUUUAGUCACCUCUAUACAUUUAUGCAGCACAAGGGAAUUCACAGUGGUGAUAGGUCCUAUGAAUGUAAAGACAGUGGGAAGGCCUUUAUUUGUGGUUCCAGCCUCAUUCAGCAUAAGAGAAUCCACAUAGGUGAGAAACCCUUUGAAUGCCAAGAGUGUGGGAAGUCCUCCACUAGAGUCAUUACCUCACUCAGCACCAGAAGAUUCACACUGGGGAGAAGCCCCAUGAGAGUAAGGAAUGUAGCAGGGCCUUUCGCUGGGUUUCACGCCUUAUGAAACAUGAAAGAAUUCAUUCAGGAGAGAAGCCCUAUAAAUGCACAGAAUGCUGUCACCUCAUGCAACGUGGGAGAAUUCACACUGGUGAAACCCCUUAUGAAUGUAAGGAGUGUGGGAAGACCUUUAUAUAUGGAUCGAGCCUUCUUAAACAUGAGAGAAUUCACACAGGAGAGAAACCCCUUAUAAAUGUAAGGAGUGUGGGAAGGCCUUUAGUUACGGCUACCAGCUUAAACAGCAUGAGAAAACUGACAUGGAAAAAACGUGUAAGGUGUACGGGAAGACUUACAAUAAUACAAACCAUCUCAGAGACCAUCAGAAGACUCACACACAUUGAAAACAUUGACUCCAAAGAGUGUACCAAGGCCUCUGGCCUUCAUUCAUUCUCUCCUUGGUGAUUAAUUUAUCUUAAGAAAGUCUUUCAUGGUCACUUGCCUAUUUGUAGACUAUCAGAAGGCAUACUAGAGGUGAAUUUGAGAGAGUGUAAAAGUCACUUUUCUUAAUGAUCAUAUUCUGUCCAUAUUGGUGUUUUUACUGGAUAGUUUGGUUGAGUAAACUCACAGAAGCCAACCAAUACCAUUCCACCUUUUAUUACAUUUCAGGUUCAUUCUAGGGGGCAACUCUGCUCAUGUGAUGUUUGUGGCAAAGCCUUUAGUCUUGGCAUAUACUGUACGAGCUAACAUCACCAUUCCACCCCUUUGCUCUCUGUGAGACACUCACAAGCUGCUCCUUACCCCUGAUAAAUCCAUCAUACACUGAAGGAGAUCAAUUGAAAAUGUACUUAAGACACUUUACCAGCCAAACACCACACACAGCUUAACCCAUCCUGCCUCAGAUGUGCUCAGAUCAUGCCCUUUAUCCUACAUUGGGCAAAAGCAUCUAACACAAAGUCUAUUCAGUAAUAAAAUACUGAGUAUCUCACAUAAUUUCUUGACUAAUAGCCAGGUAUGGUAGCACAUGUCUGUAAUCUCAAGAGGCUGACAUGGGAAGAUUGAAAGUUCAAGCCUGAGCAACAUACCAGAUUCCAGACUAGCCUACAUAGCAUGACCCUUUCUCAAAAAAAAAAAAAAAUUUUUGGAAUAUUUGUUAAAAGUGAAAAUCAGUGGUGUAUUGGGCAUGUUUUCACAUCAUUGUGAUGUUGAAGAAUCUAUGGUUAUAUCAGUACACCUUCACAACAUCUUGAAAUUCAAAAAUCAGUGGUUGUGUUGAGUACACUUUUACAGAGUUGAAAAAUCAAGUGAUCAUAUGGCUUCAUUUUUGCACUAUCAUAAAGUGGAAAAGGCAGUUAUGUAGCAUACUGUCAUGCCAUUGUAAAGCUGGAAAAAAACAGUUGCUUUGUGGGUGUGCUUUCAGAGAAUUGACAUCAGUGAUUGUUCCAAGGAUGCUUUUGCAAAACUGAAAAAAUCAGUAGUUGCAUUGAACAUGCUUUCACAGCAUCGCAAAGUUGAAAAAUCAGUAGUUGUGUGGACACACUUUCACACUGUUAUGAUUUGAAAAGGCUAAGGUCUGAAUAGUUUUUGUGCCAUCAUAAAGUUGAAAACUGUGUUUGUAAAAUGUCUGUUCUGUACAUUCCUUGUACAUAUGUAUAAUCACUGUGGAAAUUAAAUGGUCCAUGUAAACUCCUUGGGACUGUCUCAGGAGACUGUCAACUCCCUAAAUAUUGCCUAUUACUGUUCUUGUGGCCACCCAUUAGUGUUGCUGUCAUGAGCCAUUCCAGGAAGACCUCCUGUGGGUUCCAUGAGAACUUUACAGAGAUGGCAUAAGGGAUGACUCUUGCCAUCUUGAAUUGAGCAGUGAUUUCUUAGUGCACAAACCACACUGAAUGGGAAAGAUCAUUUGCCUUCAUCAGAAUACAGUCUGUUGAUGAAGAAAAAGGACAAAGGUGAAGAGCAGGAUGGGUGGGGGCAGUACUUCAUUUACACUGAUUGGCAGACUCACAGAGGCAUCAGGAAUCCCCAAGGUCAACAGAGACUCAGAGGUGACACAAGUCACAGAUCAUCAGGUAGCCAAUAAGUAAAUGGAAAUGUGUCCCACCUCAUUCCUCAGCAAGGAUACGCAAAGGAAAACCACUAUGGGAUGUCAGAAGUCACCAGAAUUCCUAACAUUAAAAUGAGAAAAUCUGUCAACUAUCUUUCCAUAUAAGUAAGUGAGGUGUAAUGGAUGUUACUCUGGUUCAGUCAUUCUCUACUGUGUGCAUAUAUUAAAACAUCAGUGUCCUUUACAAAUGUAAUAUACAAAGUAAAAACU